AUGUUUCAGCACAAGGCAAAUGAGUCGGCUUUCCUCACAGUGAGCCAAAGCCUAGACUGUCGCUUCAAACUGCCCGGGUAUGGCCGGCCAUUGGACUUCUACCCGGUUGAGAAGAACAUCUACGGCAUUGAAAGUCGUAGCAUGUUCCCAUCGGCGCUUGACGAUCGAGAUAUUGAGAACGGAUACACCGAGCUUCCUGUGCAGACGCUUCGAGAAAUCGCUAUGGUAGAGGUGAUGGAAGAUAUAACUGACAUCCCUGAGUGGUGGAAAAAGAUUCAUGACCCUACCACUGCGCAAGACUGGAAGAAAAUGGCCCGCGACACUGGAGAUCACAUUACCAAGAACAUGGCCGAUUGGAUCAUUGACGAGCUCAAAUUCAAAGCUAUGGUAUACGAAGUCAACCAUGCCGUAGCACUCUACAACGGGGACGUCACUAAAUCCGACUCCAACGUCCCUAGCUCCAUCUUCGAGGAUCUGAGAGAAAAGACCAAGAUCCUCUCAUACGGAGACGAGGAGCUACAGUUCUACCACCCUGGUAACCUUUCCAAGCAGCGCGACCUUCUUUCCAUGGCGCUUUACCCACUAGUCUACGGAAAGAGCCGUAUCCUACCAGACAGGCUUAUCGGCCUAGACGAAGCCCUUCGUCACGCCGGGCAAGGCGAGGUCAUCCCCAUGCCAAAAGAAACAGGUAUCACACGUGAAGACAUCGCCUGGCGCGUAUCUGAACGGUCAGACAUCUCCGUUCGUCCAUAUAGCCGAGCUUUCCAGAUCUUGCCAUCGGACUGGGAAUAUGGCGACGAUGGCCGCUGGCAUAUCACCACGUACAUCAACAACUUGCACCCGGUCAAACAUCGCAAUAUAUACAACCUCAUCGAGGCGACUUUCAACUGCAUUAUUCCGCAAUGGAAUAUGACCAUGACGCCGCUUAGGGAUAUGUUGCAUUCCCGCGCGAGAAUCGAGUAUACCAAAGCUGAGUAUUAUCCCGUUGCCAAGGAGAUCAUUGAUCAGGCACCUAAGAUGCAUGAUCGAGAGGCGCAGAGUGAGUUCGACGAACGCCAUGAGAAAUGGAGGAUGGAGCAUUUCCAAGCUGUUCAACCUGAUGUCGAUCAGUUUGUUCCUUGGGCUGUGCCACAAUGUAUGAUGUCAAAGUUGGCUGAGGACCUUCCUUCUCCCGUGCGGAUUGAGCAGAGCGUCAACCUGGUCGAACAUUACAAGGACCGUGGCCUGCAGGUAAUCACGCGGAUAAUGUCCGUAGACUUGACCCCUGAAAGCCCGUACUAUCAGACAGAAUGGCAUGUAGAGGGACAGAUGAAUGAACACAUCUGCGCCGCAGCAUUCAUUUUCUUCGACAACGAGAACAUGGAAGAUCCCUGUAUGGAAUUCCGCAACAUAGUCGACACAGACACGCUCGCCGAAGUCGAACAUGACCCCGGUGACUUUAUCUGGCUGAAACAAGUCUACGGAUUUGAGAACGGCGACCCAGCCCUUCAACGCUCAGGUGCCAUCCGCUGUCCUACCGGGCGAGUAGUCAUGUUCCCCAGCACGGUGCAGCACCGGAUGACGAAGUUCGAACUGAAAGACAAGUCGAAGCCGGGCUCAAACCGGUGCCUUGUGUUCUACCUGGUCGACCCCAACAUUCGGAUCAUUUCUACAGCUAACAUCCCGCCUCAGCGCUUGGAUUGGACACUUGAAGCUGAGCAGGGGGAGGGGGAGAGCUUGACUUCUGCUAUGGCGAAGUUGGCACUUUCGAAUAAGGAUAAGAAGGGGAAUAUGCCUAUGACUUUGACUGAGGCGCUGAAGUGUAGGUAUGAGUUUUUGGAGGAGUUGAUUGAGUUCAUGCGGUAUCAGCAUGUUGCGAUGGAGUCGAGGGUUCUAAUGCUUUGA